AUGGACUUCGACCAUGAGACGCAAGCCGCGUCCUCCCAGCGCAUGUACACCACGCGGGCCGACCGCUACGAGGACUCGUUCCACCCAGGCUACUCUGAGCGCUUCAUGGCCGUCGCCGACAUCCGGCCCGGCGAGCGCGUCCUCGUCCUGGCCUGCGGCACCGGGCUGGAGGUCUUCAUCGCCGCCGAGCGGGCGGGCGACGGGGGCGAGAUCGUCGGCGUCGACGUCACCGAGGCGAUGCUCGCCAAGGCGAGGGAGAAGUUAGGGCGCCGCGGGCCCGGCGCGGGCGUGCGCCUGCUCAACCACGACGUGACGAGCCUGGAGACGCUGCAGGAGCUGGACGGGCAGACCUUUGACACGAUCCUCUGCUGCAGCGCGUUCGUCCUCUUUGACCACCCGGACGCCGUCGUCACGUCGUGGCGCGGGUACCUGAAGCCGGGUGGCAGAUUGGUUGUCGACGUCACCCACGAGGAUAACCUCAAGAUUGGGCUUCUGCUGGAGCGCGCGGUGAGGCGGCUGGGCACGCGGUUCCCGAGCAACCGGUCCUGGAUCGUGGACAGGAACUCGUUCUCGAGGGUCCUGGAGGGAGCGAGCUACGCCGUGGAGAGGAUUGAGCUGGUGGACAAGCUGUCCGGCCAAGGCGACACGACGUACGGCAUGGACCAGGUCGACGAGCAGUUUGACUGGAUCACGGGGACCUCGCUGACCAUCAAUCUCGCGACGGAUGAGCUGAAGCAGAAGACGAGGGCACUGUUCCGCGGGGAGUGGGAGAGGGACGCGGUCGAUGGCAAGAUUGUGAAUGUGGACGCCGUGUAUAUCUAUGUAGCUCGAAGGUUGUAG